UUGUGAAGCUGGGCAUCCACUGUGUCACGUGUCAGAAAGUUGCCAUCAAAAUCGUCAACCGUGAGAAGCUCAGCGAGUCCGUGCUGAUGAAGGUGGAGCGGGAGAUCGCCAUCCUGAAGCUCAUCGAGCACCCGCAUGUCCUGAAGCUGCAUGACGUCUAUGAAAACAAAAAAUAUUUGUACCUGGUGCUAGAGCACGUUUCUGGGGGGGAGCUGUUUGACUAUCUGGUGAAGAAGGGGCGGCUGACGCCCAAGGAGGCCCGCAAGUUCUUCCGGCAGAUCAUCUCAGCGCUGGACUUCUGUCACAGCCACUCCAUCUGCCACAGGGACCUGAAGCCCGAGAACCUGCUGCUGGACGAGAAGAACAACAUCCGCAUCGCAGACUUCGGCAUGGCGUCCCUGCAGGUCGGCGACAGCCUGCUGGAGACCAGCUGCGGAUCCCCCCACUACGCGUGCCCAGAAGUGAUCCGGGGGGAGAAGUACGACGGGCGCAAGGCGGACGUGUGGAGCUGUGGUGUGAUCCUGUUCGCCCUGCUGGUGGGGGCGCUGCCCUUCGAUGACGACAACCUGCGGCAACUGCUGGAGAAGGUCAAGCGGGGAGUGUUCCACAUGCCACACUUCAUCCCGCCUGACUGCCAGAGCCUGCUUCGGGGCAUGAUCGAGGUGGACGCGGCCCGGCGCCUCACGCUAGAGCACAUUCAGAAACACAUAUGGUAUAUAGGGGGCAAGAAUGAGCCAGAGCCGGAGCAGCCCAUCCCGCGCAAGGUGCAGAUCCGCUCACUGCCCAGCCUCGAGGACAUUGACCCUGACGUGCUGGACAGCAUGCACUCCCUGGGCUGCUUCCGAGACCGUAACAAGUUGCUGCAGGACCUGCUGUCUGAGGAGGAGAACCAGGAGAAGAUGAUCUACUUCCUUCUCCUAGACCGGAAAGAAAGGUACCCCAGCCACGAGGACGAGGAUCUACCACCCCGGAAUGAAAUAGACCCCCCUCGGAAGCGUGUGGACUCCCCAAUGCUGAACCGGCACGGCAAGCGGCGGCCCGAACGCAAGUCCAUGGAGGUGCUCAGCGUGACAGAUGGUGGCUCUCCAGUGCCAGCACGGCGAGCCAUUGAAAUGGCUCAGCAUGGCCAGAGGUCUCGGUCCAUCAGUGGCGCCUCCUCAGGCCUCUCCACAAGCCCGCUCAGCAGCCCACGGGUGACCCCUCACCCCUCACCGAGGGGCAGUCCCCUCCCCACCCCCAAGGGGACGCCUGUCCACACGCCAAAGGAGAGUCCAGCUGGAACGCCCAACCCCACACCGCCGUCCAGCCCCAGUGUCGGAGGUGUGCCCUGGCGGACACGGCUGAACUCCAUCAAGAACAGCUUCCUGGGCUCACCUCGCUUCCACCGCCGGAAACUGCAAGUGCCGACACCCGAGGAGAUGUCCAACCUGACCCCCGAGUCCUCCCCAGAGCUGGCCAAGAAGUCCUGGUUCGGGAACUUCAUCAACCUGGAGAAGGAGGAACAGAUCUUUGUGGUUAUCAAAGACAAGCCCCUGAGCUCUAUCAAGGCCGACAUUGUGCACGCCUUCCUUUCGAUCCCCAGCCUCAGCCACAGCGUCAUCUCGCAGACCAGCUUCAGGGCCGAGUACAAGGCCACAGGUGGCCCGGCCGUGUUCCAGAAGCCCGUCAAGUUCCAGGUGGACAUCACAUACACGGAGGGUGGCGAGGCACAGAAGGAAAAUGGCAUCUACUCUGUCACCUUCACCCUGCUUUCAGGCCCCAGUCGCCGCUUCAAGAGGGUGGUGGAGACCAUCCAGGCCCAGCUGUUGAGCUCCCAUGACCAGCCAUCAGCUCAGCACUUGUCAGAACCGCCCCCGCCAGCGCCAGGACUGAGCUGGGGUGCUGGGCUUAAGGGCCAGAAGGUGGCCACCAGCUACGAGAGUAGCCUGUGACACUGGCAGACACCACUAACUGUAUGGAAAUGAUGACGGGGCGGCUUUCCAAAUGUGG